AUGUCGCGCUGGAAGGAGAAUGCCUCACCUCUCCCGCCCUACCUGAGCGGCGCCUCCAACCCCUCCCAUCUCCUCCCCUGCAAGCGCCCGCUGCAAUCCCCAUCCCCAUGCCCACCGCCGCGCCGGCCGCUCGUCGAUAUCACUGGCAACGCGCUGGAGCAGCGGGGCGGGUACGGGUAUACAACGCCCCUACCGAAGGCUUCCAGGCCCUGCGGGUUCCUUCUUCACGACGACGAAGACGACAUGAACGAGGCAUUCUUGCGGGAGGUGGACGCCAUCUGCGAGGAGCACGCGCGGUCCACGGCCAAGAAGGAGGAGAAGGAGAAGAAGCCAGCAGAGGAGCAUAAGGGGACGGGCGAAGCGCCGCUCGUGGCGGCAGCGGGUACCAUUGACGCCGCUGGAACAGAGAUAGCAACGCUUGACGAUGCUUUCUGGGAGGAGGUGAGCGCCAUCUGUGAGGAGUGUGAUGCCCAGUCUGCUGCCAAGAGCCAGGAGGGGACGAAGGAAGAAGAGGAGGAGGAGAGCUUGGUGCUGUCCUGCAGUGAUGCUUCACUCCCCCCUGCUAUUUCCAUCACAGCGGAUGGUGUGGAGUUUGAAGAUGCAUUCUGGAAGAUCAAUGCCGUUAGUGAGGAGCACAACACCAAAGCUCAUGCCAAGUAUCAGGAGGGGCUCAAGGGGAUGGAGGAGAAAGAUGGAUUGGUAGCAUUGUGCGGUGAUCCUUCAGUUUCCCCAGUAAUUUCCAUUGCAAAGGGGGAUGGAGAGCUUGUCGAUGCACUCUUUGGGGAGGUUGAUGCCUCCAUCCACGAGGGGCAUGCUGAUAUCUCUGCUGCUAAGGGCCAGGAGGAGCAGCAAGAUAUGGAACUAGAAAAGGAGGAAGAUGAAGCGUGUGCUCCAAAGAAGUACUAUGAAUAUUUGCACUCCUUGAAUGAUAGGCAGAAGGAGGCUGCAUGUAAUGAUGUGGCUGUUCCACUAAUGAUUGUUGCUGGUCCAGGAAGUGGAAAGACUUCCACAAUGGUUGGUAGGGUGCUCACACUUCUCAAAGAGGGAAUUCCACCAUCAAACAUUCUUGCUAUGACAUUCACCACAGCUGCUGCCUCGGAAAUGAGAGAACGGAUAGGAACAGUGGUGGGAAAGGCAGUUGCCAAGGAGAUUGCAAUAAGCACAUUUCACUCAUUCUGCUUGCAGCUUUGCAGAACACAUGCUGAAAAGCUAGGCCGCACAUCUGAGUUCAUAAUCUAUGGACAUGGACAACAACGAAGGGCGGUUAUUGAGGCAGAGCGUCUAUUGGAAAAGGACAAAAAUAAUGGUGUUGGAGAUACAACUAAACAGUAUGAUGGGGACAUAAAAAAUUCUUUCAAAGACAAAGCCAAAAAGUGGCAGAAAUUUAUUACACAGGCAAAAGCUUCAGGUAGAACUCCAGAGGACUAUGAAAAGAAGGGUGAUUUGACAGGAGCUUCUGUUCUUUGGCAUUACAAUGAAAUAUUAAGAUCUUGUAAUGCUCUUGAUUACCAUGAUUUUAUUAACUCAUCCAUAACCCUUCUCACGAACUUUCCUGAAGUAUACAAAGAGUGUCAGGAUAUGUGGCGGGCAAUUGUAGUUGAUGAGUUUCAGGAUACCAGUGCUAUGCAGUAUUGUCUUCUGAAGAUUCUAGCUUCCCACAAUCAUAUAACUAUUGUCGGUGAUGAAGAUCAGUCCAUCUUCAGUUUCAAUGGUGCUGAUGUAUCUGGCUUCGAUUCAUUUCGUAGAGAUUUUCCAGAUCACAAAGAGAUCAGGUUGAGCAAGAAUUACCGCUCCACACGCGCAAUUGUUGAAGCAGCAACUGCUCUAAUUCAGAACAACAGUAAGCGGCAUCAUCGUAAGCUUGUAGAGACCGAUAACCCUUCUGGUUGUAAGAUCACUGUCAAGGAGUGCCACAGUGAAGAUUCACAAUGUGCAUUUGUUAUUGACAAAAUCAUUGAAACUACGUCUAGUACCGCUGAGGGGUGCAACUUUGGCAACAUUGCUGUCCUAUAUCGAAGACAGGUAACUGGCAAAGCUUUCCAAGUCUCCUUCCGCAACAGGAAAAUUCCCUUUAAUGUUCAUGGUGUGGCUUUCUACAGGAAAAAGGUGAUCAAAGCUAUCAUGGCAAUACUUCGGACCACAUUACCUGGUUGUGAUGAUGGCCCGUGGCGUCAAGCCUUCAAGGCCCUUUUACCUAGUGACAAAGAAGAAAAGAAGAAGAUUAUAGAUCAUGUUGAAAAGAUUUCACUGGCUAGAAAGUGUAGUUUUAUAUCUGCUGCUAGUGACAUCUUCAGCGCUAAGGUCUCUGGUACCUUCAAAAGGGCCCAGAUUACUCAAGGACGUAAGGUUUUAUCGACCUUGGAUAGCCUAUCAAAACUUGUUGAAAGGGAACAAUCAGUUUCAGUCAUCAUUUCCUCUGCGGGAGACAUGCUACCUCAGAAAUAUCUCCUUGAGAAGCUUGCAGUUGUUGAUGUUGAUAAUGGCAAAUUAUUAAAUGAAGAUAGUGAUAUCAGAUCGGUCCUUCAGUUUUUAAUGGAUGAUGUGUCUGACUUCUUGUCAACACAUUUUUCUAGUUCAAUGGAGAGAAGCAAGACCGACGAGAAAGGCUGUGCUUCUACACUUCAAGCUUUCAUUGAUUAUAUAUCUUUGAGGGAAACUGAAAAUUUUCGAUCCCGAAAGGAGGAAAAUAAGAAUUCUAUCACAUUAACAACUAUUCAUCAGUCAAAAGGUUUGGAGUGGGAUGUCGUGUUUAUUGUGCAGGCAAAUGAUUCGGAAAUUCCUUUGUUGCAUGAGUACAAUGGUACUGUGAAAGAAGCUGGAAGCACACUGGAGGAGGAGAGGAGGUUACUCUAUGUUGCAAUGACACGAGCUCGGAAAAAGCUGUACAUCUUGCAUGUUACAGUUGACUCUAACCGUCAGCUUCUGCAACCUUCACGUUUCCUCAGAGAAAUUCCAGUUCACCUUCUUGAGGUGCAGGGCGAAGAGACUCUGAGAAAAAUGCCUGAACGGUCUUCAGGUGAUAUUCCGUUUGAUGACUCUGAAGGGAAUAUAUCAAUCGGAAAGCCAAUUAUGGGACAGAACGAAGCUUCACCUUAUCCAGAACUGGCUCAAGGAUGCCUUGCUAAUGAUUUCUUGAGAAAGUUCGACAUUGAUGAUAGAUCGGUAGUCUCACAUAUAUUUCAUCAUUGGGGCAAGAAGCAGGCAUUUCAAAAUCCAAAGAGAUUACUUGAAAAGAUCAGUUUUGUGAUUGAUGAACGCCUACGUGGUAAAGGAUACAAGCGCAAGGAUGUCUUGCGAAAGCUGAAGUCGUUCCUAAGCGGUGAUGAAGCAUUGGGCUACGCACAAUAUGUUAUCAAGUGGGAACAGAUUCCAAUAGAGAAGCGGAGCCAUUUGAUGAGAGAAAGGCAGGAACAUUUCCAAAAGCAGAGGAUUGAGAACUCUAUGGGUUCGUCAGAACCCACAGCCAAGCAGAAUACUAAACAGAAUUCGUCCCUGUUUGUCCUCCAGAUAUCGUACCUUCGAAACCUGGGGUGCACCAUCACUCCGACUUCUCGCUUGCACGCAUCAAAUCUUAUCGAAAAGUACAAAUCGCUCUGA